AUGGUAUGGGAUUUUGUGGUGUUUACUGUGGAUACAGAAUUCUGGUUUGGUACAAAGGGCGGUAAAAUUCACGCCAGUUGCAAAAAGACUCAGAUGUUUCGUAUUCAACGAAAUCUCCCUCUUGGUGAGUGGAGAUUCAUUGAAAACUUCAAGGUUUCAGGUUCAAGUGGUAAAUUUCGCCCAACACCGCUGCCUUACAAAAUAACUUUCACGACUGACACUGUCGUAGGGCGGUCAGUGUUUGAGGACGAUGAUCCUUAUCUUAAUCUUGUGAGUUAUGAAAACCUUGGUGGACAAGGGUCAGAUGCAAACGUCCUCAUCGAUAUCAUUGGUGAAGUUUUCAAUCUUGGUGGAAUACAAAUCAUCCAAGUUAAUGGAAAAGACCGAAAGAGACUUCACUUUCGUUUACGCGACACUAAUGGUCAUGAUGUGAGGUGUUGCUUGUGGGGGAAAUAUGCAGAACAAUUUGAGCCGUUUAUUGAUGAUAACAAUGUUGAAAACAUAAUCUGCUUGAUUAGAUUUGCUAAGAUCAGCUUCUACCAAGGUGAGGUACAGAUCACUAAUGCAUUUGAUGCUUCACUUGUAAUCCUCAACCCAACCAUGAAGGAAGCCAUCGAGUUCAAAGAGGCACUGUUGCAAGUUGAUCUUCCUCUUGCUAUUGAGGGUAAAAAUAGUGACAAUCAAGUGAUUAAGCACCAAAAAACAGAUUGGGAUGAUGUUCAAAUCCGAUCCAUUGCUGAGAUAUUGGUGGCAAUUCAGGUUGAGAGUUGCAAAAUAAUAUGUUCAAUUGAAUCUGUCGAUACAGAUUGGGGUUGGUUCUACUUUGGAUGUUCUGGCGACGGUAGACGUGUCAUUAAGAUUCGUGGUAAUGAGUUGUCUCAAAACGGUAAACCAUUGUGGUAUUGCGAUAAAUGUAGAUCAAAUGUCACAAAGGUUGAACCAAAGUAUAAGCUGCAUUUGAAUGUUAAAGAUGACAGUGGUUCAUGCAAAUUGAUGAUGCUUGACACUAUUGCCAAUGUCAUUGUUGGUACUGAGGCUGUUGAACUUUGGGAUGGUUCAUAUGAUGAGAUUGAAGAUCCUGAAAUAAUACCCCCAGCUCUGCAGGUUUUAGUUGGAAAGUCUUUUUGUUUUGGUAUUUCAAUUGCCUUAGGAAAUUUGGAUAGUGGAUCAAACACUUUCUUUGUUUCCCAAGUAUGGACUGGUGAUGAUCAGCCUAAAAUCGAGACUCAAUCUGAACCUGUUUCGGCUUUAGACACCAAUUCGAGCACCCUGUCCAGUGGAGAGGUUCUUAUGCUUAAGCCAAACUCAGAAAGUUCAUCUGAAGGAUUUACCACACCAACUGUCAAGCGCAAGGAAGAGGAUGCUGAGCUGAAAGACAUUACUUCUACAUCUAAGAAGUUGUGCAUUAAGCCAGUGAAGUUGGAGAAGACUAAGUGA